AUGGCGCGGACCCCCCUGCUCCUCGGCCUCCUCCUCUUCCUCCUCUGCGGCUCCGCGGCGGCCGGGUACGUGGGGCCGGGCGGGACGGGGCCGUGGGGAGCGGCGCUUCCCCUUCCCUCUUCUCCUCGCCCGGCGCGGAGGCAGCGGGGGGCGGUGGGGGCUGCCCGGAGGCUGCUGCCCUCCGUGCCCGGCAGCCUCCUGUCUGCCUCCGUGCCCGGCAGCCUCCUGCCUGCCUCCGUGCCCGGCAGCCUCCUGUCUCCCUCCGUGCCCGGCAGCCUCCUGUCUGCCUCCGUGCCCGGCAGCCUCCUGUCUGCCUCCGUGCCCGGCAGCCUCCUGUCUGCCUCCGUGCCCGGCAGCCUCCUGCCUCCCUCCGUGCCCGGCAGCCUCCUGUCUGCCUCCGUGCCCGCAGCCUCCUGUCUGCCUCCGUGCCCGCAGCCUCCUGCCUCCCUCCGUGCCCGGCAGCCUCCUGUCUGCCUCCGUGCCCGGCAGCCUCCUGUCUGCCUCCGUGCCCGCAGCCUCCUGUCUGCCUCCGUGCCCGCAGCCUCCUGUCUGCCUCCGUGCCCGGCAGCCUCCUGCCUCCCUCCGUGCCCGGCAGCCUCCUGUCUGCCUCCGUGCCCGGCAGCCUCCUGUCUGCCUCCGUGCCGGCAGCCUCCUGUCUGCCUCCGUGCCCGGCAGCCUCCUGUCUGCCUCCGUGCCCGCAGCCUCCUGUCUGCCUCCGUGCCCGGCAGCCUCCUGUCUCUCUUCGUGCCCGGCAGCCUCCUGUCUCCCUCCGUGCCCGGCAGCCUCCUGCCUCCCUCCGUGCCCGGCAGCCUCCUGUCUCUCUUCGUGCCCGGCAGCCUCCUCCUCCUGUCUGCCUCCGUGCCCGGCAGCCUCCUGUCUGCCUCCGUGCCCCGCAGCCUCCUGUCUCUCUUCGUGCCCGGCAGCCUCCUGCCUGCCUCCGUGCCCGGCAGCCUCCUCCUCCUGCCUGCCUCCGUGCCCGGCAGCCUCCUGUCUCUCUUCGUGCCCGGCAGCCUCCCGCCUGCCUCCGUGCCCGGCAGCCUCCUGUCUCUCUUCGUGCCCGGCAGCCUCCUGCCUGCCUCCGUGCCCGGCAGCCUCCUGUCUGCCUCCGUGCCCCGCAGCCUCCUGUCUGCCUCCGUGCCCGGCAGCCUCCUGCCUCCCUCCGUGCCCCGCAGCCUCCUGUCUCUCUUCCUGCCCGGCAGCCUCCUGCCUCCCUCCGUGCCCGGCAGCCUCCUGUCUCCCUCCGUGCCCGGCAGCCUCCUGUCUCUCUUCGUGCCCGGCAGCCUCCUGUCUGCCUCCGUGCCCGGCAGCCUCCUGUCUCUCUUCGUGCCCGGCAGCCUCCUGUCUCUCUUCGUGCCCGGCAGCCUCCUGCCUGCCUCCGUGCCCGCCAGCCCCCUGCCUGUCUCCGUGCCCGCAGCCUCCUGUCUCUCUUCCCCUACGUUCCUGGUGGUAGCUCCCUGGAACAUCAGGCCUGGGGCAAACCUGAGCGUGGGGGUGGCCCUGCUGCCGGACAGCCCAGCGCAGGUCACCGUCCGGGGAGAAGUCGUCAGGGAUAAUGUGACCGUCCUGAGAAGGGAGAUGGUCUUUGAGAGAGAUUCCUUUGGGACUCUUGUGCUUCCAGCACUGCCCUUGAACAGUGCCCCUGGGAGCUAUGAGCUGCUGGUGGAAGGGCUGGCCGAGGGCCGGCGCCUCUUCUCCAACCAGACCAGCCUCACCUACGUGCCAAAGAGCAUCUCUGUCUUCAUCCAGACUGACAAAGCCCUCUACAAGCCAGGCCAGGAGGUGAUGUUUCGGAUUGUCACCGUCCACCCUGACCUCAAGCCUUACCAAGCGUCCCUGAAUGUCUACAUCCGAGACCCUCGGAAGAAGUUGAUUCAGCAGUGGCUGAUGGAGGAGGGAGACCUGGGAGUGGUCUCCAAGAGGUUUCAGCUGUCUGUGAACCCUCCCCUGGGAGACUGGUCCCUAGAGGUGGAAGUGAACGGUCAAGUCCAUUACCAAAGGUUCAAAGUGAUGGAAUAUGUUCUGCCAAAGUUUGAUGUGACAAUAGCAACCCCUCUCUACUACUCCCUGAGAGAGGAGGAUGUCACCGGGGUGGUCACUGCCAGGUACACCUAUGGGAAGCCAGUAAAGGGCACUGUGACAGUCACCUGCCUCUCUCUCUCUUACUGGACAAACAAGAGAAAUAUAACCACAACCCUGGAGAUAAAUGGAUCUGUGAAUGUAACCUGCAACAAGAGGAUGCUGCAGAGCUUGAGUGCUGAUCAGCUGUGGCACCAAGGGGACUCUGAUUACACAGAGCCCAUAGAGAUCAUCGCCGUGGUCACCGAGUCCCUCACAGGAAUCUCCCACAACUCCAGCACCAUCCUGUUUCCCAAGCAGAGUGACUACUUCAUUGAGUUCUUGGACUACUCCAGGGUCAUAAAACCUUCCCUCAACUUCAUAGCCACUCUGAAGGUGACUCGCCCUGACAGCAGCCAGCUGAGCGCUGCGGACAGGCAGAGCCUGGUCACAGUCACUGCCCAGCAGACAGGGCUGCUCCCUGGGGAGCCUGCCACCUCUCACCUGGAGAAUGAGGCAGCAGAGAGAAACCUCACAGUGCAGGUCCUCAAUUACACCGUGCCAGAGAGUGGAAUCAUCGAUGUUGAGUUCCCAGUCCUGCCUGGCACAAAGACUCUGAGAGUUCAGGCAGAGUUCCUCAGCAGCAGCACUGACAUAGCUGUUUAUGAUGUCUUCAGCUCCCCCAGCCACACUUACCUCCAGGUGGACACCAAGAGCCAGGAUAUAAAGGCUGGGAAGCCUUUUCAGCUGAGCAUUGCAAGCAACAAACCAGUGAGAGAGUUCCACUACCUGGUGUUGUCCAAGGAACAGAUUAUGGCUUUUGGCACAAAGUCUGGGGAUUCCUUCACUCUCACAGCAGAGAACUCCUGGGCUCCUUCAGCUUGCAUCCUUGUGUUCUAUGUUGAUGAGCUUGGGGUGGUUGUGAAUGAUGUUCUCUCCCUCCCCAUUCAGCCUGUGUUGGAUGACAAGAUUAAGAUCUCUUGGAGCAAAGAUAAGGUCAAACCAUCAGAGAAAGUCUCUCUUCAAAUCAGCACAACAGAGCCAGGAUCACUGAUUGGACUUGCAGUGGUUGACAAAAGCACAAAGCUGCUGGGGGAGAGCAGUGACAUAACAAAGGACACUGUCUCCCACGAGCUGGAUUUGUACAGCACAGCGCAGUACUUCCCCCUGGUCAGAGGGUUUUUUGGUGUCUUUCAGAAAUGCAGCCUUUGGGUAUCAACUGAUGCCAUUCUGGAGGAGGAGGAGAAGGAAGACUUUCUCUAUGGAGGAAUGAUCCCCAUAGAGGAUGACUAUGGUGCAGGCUUGCCCAAAGGCAAGAAUGGACCUCCUGACCUCAGCAAUCUCUACGUGAGGACACAUUUUCCAGAGACCUGGCUUUGGGUCGACACCAGGAUGAGCUCUGGGACAGACACCACGCUGGAGGUCACUGCCCCGGACACCAUCACUUCCUGGGUAGCCAGUGCCUUUGUGAUCUCUGAGCAAGGUGGCCUUGGAGUGACCACUGCUCCAGUGGAGUUAGAAGCUUUCCAACCCUUCUUCCUUUACCUGAACCUGCCCUAUUCGGUCGUCAGAGGAGAGCAGUUCAUUGUGGAAGUCAACAUCUUUAACUACUUGAAAGAAGAAGCUGAGGUGACUGUGAUCCUGGACAUGAAUGAGGCUUUUGAAAUCAUCCUGACAUCCAAUGAAGUAAAUGCCACAGGCAACCAAGAGUCUGUGUCUGUGCCAAGUGAAGAUGGGAAAACCCUGCAGUUCCCAAUCAGGCCAAAGCAACUGGGGGAAAUUCCCAUCAGAGUGACAGCAACUUCAUCUGCUGCUUCUGAUGCUGUCCUCCAGACAGUGUUAGUGAAGGCUGAAGGAGUGGAACAGACAUACUCUCAGACAGUCCUCUUGGACCUGACUGGCAAUAAGCCACAAGCAGUGUCAAAAACCUUGGAGUUCACUUUUCCUGCUGAUGUGGUCAGUGGCAGUGAGAGAGUACAGGUCACUGCUGUUGGUGAUCUGCUGGGGCCGUCCAUCCAUGGCUUGGCAGGGCUGAUCCAGAUGCCGUACGGCUGCGGCGAGCAGAACAUGAUCAACUUCGCCCCCAACGUGUAUGUCCUGCAGUACCUGACCAAAACCAGGCAGCUGAGGGAGGAUAUCAAAGCUAAAGCUGUGUCCUACAUGAGGAAAGGCUACCAGAGGGAGCUGCUCUUCCAGAGGGAUGAUGGCUCUUUCAGUGCCUUUGGAAACCAGGAUCCCUCUGGGAGCACAUGGCUGUCAGCCUUUGUGCUCAGAUGCUUCCUGCAAGCUCGUCCCUUCACAGACAUCGACCCGGAGGUGCUGCAGGACACGGCCCGCUGGAUCGUCCGCCACCAGGGGCUCGAUGGAGAGUUUCAUGAGCCUGGGAGGGUGCUGCAUACUGACCUUCAAGGAGGCACCAGUAACCCAGUGGCUCUCACAGCUUAUGUCAUGUCCUCCCUCCUGGGCUUCCCAGACAAACAGCAUGCUUAUGUCAUCAAGAGUGCUACAAACUACCUGGAAGAUAAGCUGGAAGAAGGCAUUGGGGAUAACUACACCCUGGCCAUUGUGGCCUAUGCCUUGUCCUGGGCAAAAAGCACCAAGGCAAAGGAAGCCCUGAAUGCACUGAACCAGAGAGCAGAGCACCAAGGAGAAUUUCUCUUCUGGGUCACAGCUGCCUCUGAGCUGUCUGACUCCUGGCAGCCACCCUCCGUGGACAUUGAGCUGGCAGCGUAUGCUCUGCUCUCCCACUUCUACCAAGACAGAUUGGUGGAGGGCAUCCCCAUUAUGAAGUGGUUAAGCCACCAAAGAAACCACCUCGGGGGCUUUUCAUCUACCCAGGACACAGUGGUGGCCCUGCAAGCCUUGAGCCUGUUUGCAACCCUGACAGCUGUGGGCAGGACAGAGCUGGCUGUGAGAGUGUCUGCACCUGCCUGGAGCAGCCCAGAGACGUUCUCCAUUGACUCCCGAAACCGGUUCCUGCUGCAGAGCAAGGAGAUUGCUCCUGCACAGCCAGUGACCCUGACAGUGGCAGCAGAGGGCACAGGGUUUGCUGUCUUCCAGCUCAAUGUUCUUUACAACACCAAACAGCCUGAGCAGAGGCUGGGGGCUGCCCUCAAUCCAGAAGCCUUUGACUUGAAUGUGGAUGUGAAGGAUGACAAAGAUGACACAAACCAUCUGACUGUGACUGUCUGCACCAGGUACCUGGCUCCUGGCACAGCUCCCAGCAGUGGAAUGGUCCUCCUGGAGGUUGGGCUGCUCAGUGGCUUCUCUGUGCCACCAGGGUCCAUUCCACUAAACCACAGAGUGAAGAAGGUGGAGCAGGACAAUGGCAAAGUCAGCCUCUACUUGGACUCUCUCAAUGAAACACAGCUCUGUGUGGAUGUUCCAGCUGUGAGAGACUUCAAAGUGGCCAACCUGCAGGAUGCUUCGGUGUCUGUGGUGGAUUACUACGAACCCAGGAGAAGAGCAGUGAGAAGCUACCAUUCAGCAGUGCUGCAGAGCAUCUCCCCCUGUGACCUCUGCGGGAGCGACUGCAGCGGCUGCCCCCGCGCUGCCUCCCCAGCCUUGCUCCAGCACUCUGCUGUGGCCUCCUCCUUCUGUGUGCUCCUUGCCCUUCAUGCCAACCUGCUGAGCAGUUGGGUGCUGUAA